AUGGCCACGGACAAGGAGGCCUUCCGUGUCCCGGCGCCGCCGCCGCCCCUCCUGAAGCCUCCGCCCCGAACGGGCAGCGCUGAGCUGCUUCAGCGGCCCCGCAACGGCUUCCAGCAGCCGCACCCGAGGGCCCCCGGCGGGGGGAAGAGGCGCAACAGCUGCAACGUCGGAGCUGGUGGUGGAGGAGGAGGAGGAGCGGGCGGCGGCGGGGGGUUCAAGCACCCUGCCUUCAAGCGCCGGCGCCGCAUCAACUCCGACUGCGACCCGGUCCUGCCCUCCGAGUUCCUGCUGGGGGGCAACAUUUUCGAUCCGCUCAACCUCAACAGCCUCCUGGACGAGGAGGUCAACCAGGCGCUCAACGCGGAGACCCCCAAGUCCUCCCCCCUUCCCGCCAAAGGCAGGGAUCCUGUGGAGAUUCUCAUCCCCAAGGACAUCACGGACCCCUUGAGCCUCAACAACGCUCAAGAGGACCCCCCGGUGCUGGCCUCCUCCCUCAAGACCGGGCGGAAGCGCCACCGCCACCGGGGUGCUCAGCGCGGGGCCAGCGUGGAGGGGGCAGCCAAGCCUGCACCUGGGGGUCCUGCUGUGUCUGCUUCGGGCCCCUCUUGCCCAAAGGCUUGCAAUGGGGCCACCCCGCAACCCUAUGAACUUAACACAGCCAUCAACUGCAGGGAUGAGGUGGUGUCUCCCCUCCUGCCUGCGGCAGGGGAAACCCAGCAAAGCCAGCAGGCCUCGGGGGAUGGGGGCGUCACCCCCUCUUGUGCUUCCGUGGCCUCUUCCGCAAGCGCUGGGAGCCGUCACCACCGCAAACGGCGCAGGACUUGUAGCAAAUCAGAAGGGUCAGGGGCCAAGCCACCGGGCGGUGGGGCUUCCAGUGACCCGCCUUGCAGAGCCAGCCCAGAGCGGGGGCGCAGCUUGCCCCGGUGCCGCAACCUCCAGGCGUCUUCCGCCCAGCAUCCCCGGCGGCAGCCCCGGCACAAGUUCCAGUACGGCAACUACUGCAAAUACUACGGCUACCGCAACCCCGACUGCGAGGACAUCCGGUUGCGGGUGAUGAAGCCAGAGUGGUUCCAAGGGAAAGAGGUGCUGGACGUGGGCUGCAAUGUGGGACACCUCACCUUGAGCGUGGCCAAGAAGUGGGGGCCGGCCAGAAUGGUGGGUUUGGACAUCGAUGGGGCCCUCAUCCACUCGGCCCGCCAGAACAUCCGGCACUACCUCUCUGAGGAGAUGCAGCAGCAGCAGCAGGACGGCGAGGGCAAGGGGGCCACCCGUGCCAAGAAGACCUUCCCGGCCUCUCUCAUGGCCAGCCGGGGCCCCAUUGCUGCACCCAGAGUGCCCCAGGAGGGGGUGGACGCCACUGUCUUCCCCAACAAUGUGAUUUUUGUCAAGGGCAACUACAUCCUGGAGCGCGACGAGCUGCUGGAGGCUCAAAAGCCAGAAUACGACGUGAUCCUCUGCCUCAGCCUCACCAAGUGGGUCCACCUCAACUGGGGCGACGAGGGGCUGAAGCGCCUGUUCCGGCGCCUCUAUCGCCACCUGAGGCCGGGAGGCAUCCUGGUCCUUGAGCCCCAGGCCUGGUCGUCGUACAAGAAGAGGAAGAAUCUGACGGAAACGAUAUCCCGGCAUUAUCACCGAAUCAAGCUGAAACCAGACCAGUUUCCCUCCUACCUGACUUCAUCUGAAGUUGGAUUCUCCAGUUAUGAACUGGUUGCCAUGCCGAGGAAUACGUCAAAAGGAUUCCAGCGCCCCAUCUAUCUCUUCCACAAAGCCUGCCCCGGAGGCCGCUGAGGAACUCUGCUGCAGCAGGAGCGCCAGCCUCUCCUCCUUUGAUUUGCCCAGGCUGGGGGGUGAGGGGCCGGCGGGCCCCGGCAGCUGAAUGUUGGACACUUCAAGAGGGGGACAGGAGCCUUUCAGAAACUCCAGGUGGGGGCUGAGCUGACUGUUGCCGCUCUCCUGGACGAGGGGCCGCCCUGCGAGCUCCUCUAAUUGGCUGCAGCCAGAAGUAUCUGGAGACUGGGGGUUAAUGGGAACGAGCAGCGCAUUGGGAAUUGCUCAAAGCCGAAUGCGAAGUAUUGCUGGGAAGAAAUGGGGAAGGAAACAGUUCACUCCAUGGGCGCUGGGUGAGAACAGGUGUGGUGGCGGGGGGGGGGGGUAUGGGUCCCGUUUUUUUGGUUUUUUUUUUGGCAACCCAAGCCUGUAUCAAGGUGGCUUCCCUCUCCCAGUUUCCUACUGAAUUGCUAGCAGGUGGAAAGCCAGAAUCCCUCCCUCUCAAAGCCUUUUUCAUCUCUGUCCACGAGCACAGGAAGCAGUAAGAGCAUCGUGCAUUAGCAGAGCCGACCUGGAAGGAAAUGGCCCCUGGCUUGGGCUAUAGACCUCUUUGUCACAGGAGUGGAUCUGUGGCCAGCGGGGGGGGGGGGGUUGCUAGCACAAGCCAGGUAACCUCCUCUUUCAAAGCAGGCCUGCUGACAUAUUUUCCUUGCCAGUGUGUUGGCUGUUGGCUGGCAACCCCCUCCCCAUUUCUGCAAAAGGAAGGAGAUCUCCGCAUCUGUCGAGAGAAGCAGCAAAGACUUGGUCCCUCUGUCUCGCACGUGUCGGGGGCCCAGAAGACUUCACAUUGGCAGCCAGCGGAGAGGAGCUGUGUGUGUGCAGACUGAGGUGGGGGCCAGCCAAAUGAACUACUUCUCUCUGCUGUUAGAGAGAAGGAAAAAAAGAAUGCUCUGCCCUUCCCUCUCCCAGCCCCCUACCCCAUAUAGGUGUGUGUGCACGUGCACACACAUGUUACAACAUUAGUUGCUGGUAAGCGCCUCCUUUACAGGCAGCAGCCCAUUGAUUUGACUUUUAAGAGGCAACCACCCACCUGGAAAGCAAAGCAUGGAUGAUGACGAUGUGCCUUUCGGCACCCAGCCAGCCAAGGGCUGAGUUGUUUUUUUUUUUUUUUUUUUU